AUGGAGCCCCCGAUCCUGGAGGUGGCGGCCCUGGAACGGGACCCGGUGACCCAACGACUGGCUAGGACGAGCAGGGUCCAGAUCGGAGGCUACAUCGCGCGCAGAGUAAUGACGCGAAGAAAGAGGCAUCGACCAAAGGGGGAGAAGGGGGAGAAGGGGGAGAAGGGGGAGAAGGGGGAGAAGGGGGAGAAGGGGGAGAAGGGGGAGAAGGGGGAGAAGGGGGAGAAGGGGGAGAAGGGGGAGAAGGGGGAGAAGGGGGAGAAGGGGGAGAAGGGGGAGAAGGGGGAGAAGGGGGAGAAGGGGGAGAAGGGGGAGAAGGGGGAGAAGGGGGAGAAGGGGGAGAAGGGGGAGAAGGGGGAGAAGGGGGAGAAGGGGGAGAAGGGGGAGCAGCGAGGGAGUACCGCGCGGUAUGCCCGAAGCAUCUGGAAUCUGAUCCGGCCGCUAUACGGCCAGCCUUUUCUAGAGCACUACAAGCCCAACUGGCGGCACAUGGACACUUUGACACCAUACCUGCUCACGGUGACGAUCUACCGAGUGCUUCUGUUCGAGAAGGAGCUAGAAAUCACAGUGGACGGCGACCGGGAGCUGAUCCCGCGGUACAUCUGGGGGGUGCAGGAGGUGCAACCGGAGCACCACGUGGUGCUCGCCAAGAACCUCGGCAUCCUGAGCCAAUGUCUCGUCGACGACGACGAUGACGACGAAGACGGCGCGGUAGAACUCUACGACGAUUUCGUAAAAUGCCAGCGCACCUACGCCCGCAGGUUCUGGGAGCUCCCGCUGAGGAAUACCCCGUUCGCCUGGUGGUGCAUCAUGGUCGACGCGGCGGACCCGGACGAUGAGGACGAUGAGGACGAUGAGGACGACGACAUCGAGUCGGCGGACCCUGAUGACGACGACGCUUCCGAUGAUGAUGAUGAUGAUGAUGAUGAUGAUGAAUUCCAGUUCGAGCAUGAUCCCGAUGAUCCCGAUCUCGAUGGUUUCGAGUAUGGAUCAUACUUCCACCUUGUCGACUGUGAAUUCGAUUUCGAGCAUAUCGAGGUUGCAGAAGACGGUGGAUAUGACUGCGAGGACCCGGGGGGCGAGUCCGGAUACGAGGACAUGGAGUUGGGAUACGGGUCCGAUGGUGAUCCCGGGGACGAGUCUGUAUCAGAGGACACGGUGGAUGAAUCUGGAUACGAGGAAAGGGUGGGUACAUAG